AUGGCAUUCUCAACAGCAAGCCAGUCUGAAAAAAAUCCUGGCAUAGUCUACUCCGGCGCAUGGGACUCUUUCGUUCGAUACAUCGGACAGACAGAAUGUGCGCCUGAUGUAAUACAGGAGACAGCAAACUCCUCAACAUCCACUGUCUCGGCCAACGUAAGCAGUCCAUCCAGUGCCUUUAUGACUACGAUAUCAACGGUUGCACCGGCAGAACCUCUGUCGGCGACAUCACAACCUACUUCAAAUGGAACUCUUGCUUCAUCCUCUGGAACUCAGAAUCGUGCGGGCCUUCAGAGGAAAGAAAAGAUCAUUACUGGAGUAGUCGUUUCAAUUUCUGUGCUCAUUCUUAGCCUAAGUGGUUAUCUUGUGUGGCACAGACGCAAGACAAACAACUCUAAUGUCAAAGAAGGCAGUCUUACUCCUGAUGGAGACACACAGCCGUAUCUACAAUACAAAGCCGAGCUGGAAGACCUUGAAACAAGAAAGCAUGAGCUAGACGCACCUAUUGCCCUAAGUGAAAUGCAGGGCACAAAUUAUAUCAGCGAGAUGGAGGGAUCUAAUCCUCAAGUGAGGCUUUCAUUGUUGACAGAGCUGAACGGGCCGGAGCAUUCUACAGAACUUGACACGUCCAAACUUUGA